CUAUCAGCAGACUAAAGUCACGACACGGCUUCUUAUCCUCAUCCACCCUCAGUUCCCUCGCUUUCUGCCUCAUACAGUCCAGACCCACCCCUUACUGUCUGCCAUGACCGUCCUCUACAAUAUGAGACUGUAUUCUUUGUACCUCCCCUUUCUCGCCCUGAGCCUGUGCAUCCCAGCCUCCCUUUCUAGAUAUCCAUCCCACACCUCUCCACCCGCAAACGGCUCCUACGAUGAGAAAAAAAGAGAACAGAACAGUUUCAAACACGUCGGCAUAAAUCUCACAUCCAGAGCUCCCUUUUCUCUUUUCCCUCCUGACGGACUUCAUUACUUUAUUCCUCUUCGCGCCAAUGCCCGAGACCACGCCGAAGCGAAGGAUUUUUUUCCCCUGAGCAUGAAAAGGAUUGCCAAAUCAUCCGCAAUCCAACAUCACCGACUGAGCCACCAGCAUGAGCACUGGAUACAUAUGCUCCAGCAGAAGUUGUUGACUAGAGAACUAACGAAUCUUGGACCUCAAAUACAGCGAAGAGGGGAGAGUCAGAUUUAGGUCUCCACAUAAUGGAGCGAGAAUGAACAGAGAGCGGCUUAAAAAAAAGCAUGAACUGGAGGUUUAUUGAGGUCAUCUGCUUCCUGUUUAUAUGGGACCAUAUAACAGUUCAGUCUUCCCGCCAGGACCCGUUGGCCACUGAACAACAUGUCACCAAGCAAUAUGACUGGCUCAUCUCUGACCGUGGACCUUUCCACCACUCGCGGAGUUACCUGUCCUUUGUGGAAAGAUUCCGCCAAGGAUUUACGACCAGAUAUAAAAUUUAUAGGGAAUUUGCACGUUGGAAGGUGAGGAACACAGCGAUCGAGAGAAGGGACCUGAUCCGGAACCCGGUGCCACUCAUGCCUGAGUUCCAGCGCAGCGUUCGUUUGCUGGGCCGCAGACCCACUACUCAGCAGUUCAUUGACACCAUCAUUAAGAAAUAUGGAACCCACAUUCUCAUCUCAGCCACUCUGGGAGGAGAGGAGGCGCUGACUAUGUACCUGGCCAAAAACAAGCUGGACAGGAAGCUUGCCAAUGCUACUCAGAACGUGGAGGCCCUUCAUCAGCUGGCCUCAUCCUACUUCAUUGACCGUGAUGGCACGAUGAGGAAGCUGCAUGAGAUCCAAAUAUCCACCAAUGCCAUCAAGGUGACAGAGACACGGACAGGGCCGCUGGGAUGCAGCAGCUAUGACAAUCUGGACUCAGUUAGCUCAAUCCUUCUGCAGAGCCCUGAGAGCAAGCUUCAUCUGCAAGGUCUUCAGGUCAUUUUCCCAGAAUACCUGCAGGAGAAAUUUGUCCAGUCAGCUCUGAGCUACAUCAUGUGCAACGGAGAGGGCGAGUAUGUGUGCCAUGACAACCAAUGCAUAUGUCAAUGCGCCGACGAGUACCCCCAAUGCAAUUGUCCCAUCACCGACAUCCAGAUUAUGGAGAACACCUUGCUGGGGAUGUCUGAGUCCUGGGCUGCCUCUUAUAAAGACUUUGAAAACUCUGAUGAGUUCAAGUCCUUUCUGAAGAGGUUGCCUUCCACUCACUUUCUGCCCAUCAGCAGUGUGCAUCUCCUGUGGGGCAGCGACUGGGACCUUCAGGCCCGCUACAGGCUCCUUCAGAGCUCCCUGGAGAUCCAGCGGCUCAAGAUUCAGCGCACUGCCCGCAAGCUCUUUGGCCUCAGCAUCCGUUGUCACCACAACCCAAACCACCAGAUGCCUAGGGAGAGGUCUGUGAUGCAAUGGCUCAACAGGGUUCAGUCCUUCCUUUACUGCAAUGAGAAUGGGUUCUGGGGGACCUUCCUGGAGAGCCAAAGGACAUGUGUGUGCCACACAGGUGUCACCCUAUGUCAGCGACCUAUCCCAUGUGUCAUAGGGGGCAACAACAGCUGUGCCAUGUGCAGCCUGGCCAACAUCUCACAAUGUGGCUCCUGCAACAAGGGCUACAAGUUGUACCGUGGUCGCUGUGAACCCCAGAAUGUGGACUCAGAACGUAGCGAGCAGUUCAUCAGCUUUGAAACUGAUCUGGACUUUCAGGACCUGGAACUCAAAUACUUGUUACAGAAAAUGGAUUCGCGACUAUACAUUCACACUACUUUCAUCAGUAAUGAGAUCCGACUAGAGACCUUCUUUGAUCCUCGAUGGCGUAAACGCAUGUCCCUGACUCUCAAAAGUAACAAAAACCGGAUGGACUACCUCCAUAUGAUAAUUGGUCUAUCAAUGAAGAUCUGCCAGAUGAGAAAUAGCAGCAUUGACCCCAUGUUCUUUGUUUAUGUCAACCCAUUUAGUGGUAGCCACUCAGAAGGCUGGAGCAUGCCCUUCGGGGAGCAUGGUUACCCUCGCUGGGAAAAAGUACGACUACAGAACUCUCAGUGCUUCAACUGGACACUCCUGUUGGGCAACCGCUGGAAAACCUUCUUUGAGACAGUGCACAUCUACCUGCGUAGCCGUGCUAAGAUCCCGACUGGCCUGCGCAAUGACACAGGACAGGGUCCAGUGGAUCUUGCAGACCCUAACAAGCGCCAGAUCUACAUAAAAAUAUCUGAUAUUCAAGUGUUUGGCUAUAGCCUGCGCUUUAAUGCUGACCUACUCCGUAGUGCUGUGCAGCAGGUUAACCAGUCAUACACACAAGGAACUCAAUUUUACUCAUCCUCAUCUGUUAUGCUUCUGUUACUGGACAUUAGGGAUCGGAUUAACCGCCUUGCCCCUCCAUCUGCACCUGGCAAACCCCAGCUGGACCUCUUCUCUUGUAUGCUAAAGCAUAGGCUCAAGCUCAACAACAGUGAGAUGAUUCGAGUCAAUCAUGCCUUGGACAUGUACAGCACAGAGAUACUAAAACAAUCAGAUCAUCUGACUGCUAAACUCUGUUGAACAUAGUAAUCUUAACAUAAGGACAAAAAACAGAAACACCCAGCAAAUGAACAAUGAGGGGAUAUUAAUCUUAAUUUUCUUUUCUCUUUUUCAUUUUUGGACCUUUUCUGCCUUUUGAUGUAAUAUUAACUUUGUAAACAUAAUUCUUAAAGUGAAAAAAGGAAAAAAGGCAAUGAUGCAAAGCAUUUCAGGCAGAUGAAGAAGAUUAAUGGAACCACUAUAAGGACUGUAUCAUAUUUGUCCCAGCAUGUCUGUCAUUCCCUAAAAGAACUUAUAAGAAAGUGUGAAAAAAAAAAAUUAAAUCUAUGUACUGGUGAAAAAGAGGCCUUGAUUUUACUCUGAGGGAUCAAAAGGUUAUAUCUGAAACUGCCAUUCUUUACUGAGAAAAACAUUUUUAAAGGAAUAAUGACAUAACACAAGGGCAGACCAGAUAUCCUUUUAUUUCAGCUAAUGUGCAAAAUAUUUCAGACAUAAUGGAUGGUUUAAUAUUAAAAGUGUUUAUACAUUGUAAGGAUUAAAUAGCCCUAGUGAGUAAGUAGUCAACACAUUACUUAUAGGCUCUUUAUUACAUCUCAAAUCCACAGCAAAUCUGCAGUGCUGUGUGAGUUAUGAGGCACUCUGUUAUUGUUCUGACACACAAGGCACACAGCAGGGCAGUAAUGGAUAGUCAUGUCAAGUAACAAAAGCCAGCUGUUUAUAAAUACAUAUACAGUAUAUGUGGGUGAAUGUGUGUGUAUGUGUGCGUGCGCGUACACUUUUAUUUUGGCUUGAUGCUUAUCGCUGUUCGUUAAUUGAAUGUGUCAUUUGAGAUUGACUUCAGUCUAAGCUAAAUCUUGCAUUUGAAGCGCUUCUUCCCGUGUUUGAAAUUCAAGCUGUGUUUUUCACAAGGCAGUACCUCCUGGUGCGUGAGUGCAAUAUUGUGGUCUGAAGAUUUAACAAUCAAUGCUAUUUUGUACAGCUUUGCAAAAUGUACAUGUUGUGACUGCUGAUUUGUGGAGCUUUUCAGCACCAAGAGCAAAGUGUAAACAUUCAUCAUUCAGGCACAUUUGCGAGACAACUUAAAGCCAUACACUUCCCUGAGGUAGACAUACAGUAAGACAUAAAGUUUGUCCCUGUUUCACAAAGUACUUCAUAACAUGAAGAAGAAAAAAGUAUUCCAUUUGUAUGUUUUUAUUUUAUUCUCUCAGUUUUAAGAUAAGAGCACAGCAAAAAGACGGACAACAAAAGAAGGCAUAUUAUGUUGGAUAAGAAUUGUGUUGUAAAGCCAUUGAAUUUCUUUGUUGUGCCACAGGAAAAAAAAAGGAAAAAAAAAGAAAUGGUUAUAUUAAAGCUUAAAAUACCUUUUUUGCAGUGUUUAAUCUGUAAUCUUUUUAUGGCCACAUGUAAAGAUUUACUUUUUUCUUUCAGAUAUGAAAUUUAACCUUAUGCUGUGUUUUGCUGAAAACAUCAACAGAGCUGCAACAUUUAUUUAACACUCUCAGUCAUCAAAUUGAAAUAUGAGACACUACCUAUGUAUUGUUGUUCUGACUUUAUUUGGGUAAUCUGAUGCUGAAACAGUGCUUUUGCUGAUGACUUUUUGUAGGGUCAGUCCAUUUACCUGCAUGUUUAUUAACAGCAAAUGUCACACUCUUGUCAUCUAUAGCAAUUCUGGCAGUAGAAGGAUAUGAACCUAAAACAAAAGGACACUUCAUAUGUGCUGCCAUUUUGCACCCAAACUCUGGAAAAACCUUCUUCUUAGUGUAAUAGCUUUCAGACCAUUGGCAAGCUUUGACAGCAUCUAAAAAUGCAUACUUUUCCAGUUUUCCUAAUUUUUUUUGUCCUUUGUUUACGUCUGUUCCCUUGGUGUGGUUAUCGUUAUGUUGGCGGGUUUCAUUUUAUGUUUUCUAAUUAAUUGUUGCUGCUCUUUUUCAAAGUGAUGACUAGUCUUGUGUGGUCAGCUGUAAAGAGAUGUAUGUAAUAUAUCUAGGAAUAACCAUGGUGGGUUGUGACUUAAUUGUGGGUGGAAACAACGCGAAACUGGAGAAUAGGUUCUUGGACCAAUCCAACACCUCUUGAAAACAGUGGUCAAAAUAAAGGGUUGUGUUUUGAACAAGAAAUAGAGGCAGAACAAACCUGCUUUCUAAUUCUUAUGGAUAUGUUGCAGUCAGUUGCAGAUUUUUUGUAUAUCUGCAAUCACAACUUAAAUAGUUGUCUCUAGAUAUGCUUUCUUGUCAUGAUUUAGAAUCAUGUCAGGCUUUGUGUUUUGAUUUUUCCGAUCUGUUAUUUUAAUACUGUUUGAGGCACUUUGAACGCUUGAGGAGUGCUUCAUAAAUAACAACUUAGUCAUUCACUCAAGAAACUGCAAUGUAUCACAUACAAAUCUAAUCAUUUUCAGGUGAUCCAGUAGACAAAAUUGUUCACAGAUUUCCAGUGUAUGGGUUAGCGCACAUAUGGUGGCCACGUCAUAACAACUAAGGCUCAGGUCAUGAGGCUCAGCUCUUCGUUGUCCAACUAAUCUUACUGUACAAUUCUUUCAUCAGUCUAUAUCUUUGUCGGCCUAAUGGCAUCCAUGGAGAUGCUUUUAGUGAGUAAGCAAUGACCUCUGCAGUGUUUUUUUUUCUCCAAUUGGUAUUGGUAGGGGUCAACAGUAAAGUGAGACUGGUGAGAACAGUAAAAUGGACUUUAUUAUGACCAGUGCGUUUGCCACUGUGUUGUUCUACUUUAUCAGUCUCACUUAGUAUAUUUUAAAAGCAUUUACUUAAUCGUUAUUAUGACAAGCUCUAUACUUGUACAAAUAUGUUAACAUCCAUGGCAUUACCACCGUUACAUUUACACGCUAUCAGUAUCCCCUUAAUGAUUUGUUUAAGCGCACAUAGAGCUGAUAUUGACAUACUGAAGCCUGAGAUGACCAAAGCCUGUAAUCUUUAAGGAUGCAGGAGGCUUGAUUGUUCAGCACUACCACUGGACUAUCCAAACAAAUUAUUAUUAUUAUUAUUAUUAUUAUUAUUAUUAUUAUUAUUAUUAUUAAGUGCCUGUUAUCUAUCCCUUUAACACAUUUAGAGCUAGAGAAAACUUUUAGAUGUUACACAGAAGAGUCACAUUGAAUUAGCUUCAGAUGUUAAGGCCAGUAAUAUUUAUCAAAUACACACAUUUCAUCUCGUCCUGACAACCACAUUUUCAAGGAGAUUUGUGCAUGUGGGGAAAACAACCACCAGACAGAGGCAAAGGAUGGCUUGAGCUAAUGGUGGAUAUUUUUUGUCCCCUGUUGUACAUUAUAUCUGUAAAUAUUAACUCUGUUACACAAUGCUCUGCUACAGUGACAAUAUUAUAAAAUAUAACAAUAUAGAAAGGGAAUACAAAGACUACUUCAUAAAAGCCCUCCAUUUGAGUACAUUGGCACAAAGUACAGGGCACUCAUGUCUUAUGUAUCUAAUUAGAUUCAUGACAACUUAUGACUGUUUUUAUAUUGUCAGAACAUAAUGUGCAUUGGAAUUUAGUUUUGAGCCACUGCAAGAUCCAUAAAACAAGCACAUUUACUUGUAUUGCAUUAUGCUACCACAGUGUUGCUUACAUGUAUUCAUGGAUAUGUCUGAAGAUUUUUACACCUAAUACCUUGCCUAUGUACUUUUUUGCUGUUCUGUUGAGAUCAUGAUAUCAGCUUAUUUCAAAUGAAUGUUUCAUAUAAUAAUCUAUUUCUCAUUAAAAUGCUAUAUUUAAUAAGAAGAGCAAAGCUUGUUUGU